GUGCUGUCUAGGAGGGGCGUGAGCAGGGGCUUGCCCCUCUGCUGGGAGGAUUUUCCUUGGGAAAUUGAAAGCCUUGUUUGCUAUGAGGAAGCAGUCAGUGUUCCAAACUCUAGAUGCAUCUAGGGCUGGGUUUACUCUGCCACAGGUAUAACUUACAGACACUGGGCGUGGUGAAUGUGCCUACUAAGUACCUGUUUGUAGAACACAGGCACAGCUAAAACACCAGUAAUCCGAAACCAGUCGUGUUGGUUUUCUCCUUCACUGGCUCAGGCAGCUGAAAUCUGCAUUCCAGAUGAAACCUGUGGGGAAACGGAAGAAAGCACCACUUUGGGGGGAAAUGCAGCUUCAAGGGCAGUAAUUUUAUCCUUCAGAAAAACUUGAGGACCGGACAUUUCGAACUUUUCUGUUCUCCGUCUCUCUUUGGUUCGGGUUUUGUGAACGCCCAGUCUGGGGUGAUGAUGGUGUUUUUUUUUUUUUUGUUUGUUUUUUUUUGGCCCGGCCCUCUGAUGGUAAUCAAAACUGAAAAGAUGAAAUACGAGCGGUUUUCAGAAGUUUUCUGCUGAAUCUCAUUUGAAACUCUCUUGGGCUACUCCUCCCAGAGAGCCAAACAGACGCUGUCAGCGCAGGCUGACCGGCCCAGCGUGUUCAGGGAACCUCAACUUUCUCAACCAGGAGGAAGUUGAAUAUAACCAGGAGAACGGUAGGAAUUGGGGCGGAGCUCAUCGGUGGAGUUCUCGGCUGAGAUUACUGAGUUGCCGGCUGACUUUCCCUCCUACAAAAAGCCUUUUGUGCCCGGAAUAAAUACGGAAGUGGCCAGGGAGAAGCCUUCCUGGGCUGUAUGUAGUAAAGGUGCAAAGGCUCUCUCGGCUGUUGGGGGCUGUAAAAUCUGACAGACGUUUUAAAGUUGACCCAGUCACCUCAUGACUGAAACAGGAAGAAGGACAGACCAAGUUUGUUACUUGUGUCAUUUGAGGAGACUGGUUCUAGCCCCUGUUGGGUUUUCUCUCUAUUAAGUUCAGAGAAGAGGGACGGGAUAAACUGAGCUAGUUAGAGGACGAGCAGACACUUGCAUCAGGAGCAUAUUUGAAUGUUUUGCAAGAUAUGGAACACGGGGACAGUUCUGUGAACGGCAGCGAUGGCCCCAGACCCGAGCGUUCAACAGAAGAUGGAAUUGAAAUAACCCAAUCUAUCCUGAGUAAGUUUUCCAUGAAAUCCUUUUUUGGAUUUACUACUAAAUUGGAAUCCACUAAGCCCGCAGAGGAGGAUGCAGUGCUUAAAACUUUCCGAAAUUUGGGCUCUGAGCCUCAGGGGCAGCUGGAGAACAAUAACAAGGAUCUGGAGGCCAAGAGCCAAUUUCCACCUGUUCUCCAGAAUUGUAAGGGUAAUGUUAAUGUGGAGCAUGAGCCAGAGAAGGUAGGAUGCCCUGGGAAAGAACAAGAUGGGAGGUUUCUUCUCGGUCAAGAGACUCAUCCAUUCUCACCUCUGAGUCAAAGCAGAGAUGAUGUUCUUCUUGUUCAUGGGACCCUUGUUCAUACCACCAGUGAUUCAGAAUCUGACAGUGAAGGCCUGGAAGAGAAAGAGAAUAAAAAUAUUAGCAAUACACCAUCAGAUACUUUUCUUUUAUGUGAGCCAUCUGCAAACCUACAAGAAACACCCGGGGAAUCUAGAAAAAAGGAAUCCAUGAAUGAGAUGAUUGAAAUGAAUCUCAGUGUAGAAGUUUCCUCAGUGACUCCAUCUGAGUUGAUGAGUGAUUUGGAGCAAAGAGAAGAUGGGUUGGGCCCCAGACAGGACCAUCCUGGGGAAGAAGAUUCCCCUAUCAUAUCUUGGACUAUAGAUAAGAGUUCAUUUGCUGGAAACUCUGAAAAUACAUCAUGCAAAAAAGAAGCAUCAGUGGAGAAAUCUUUCCAGCUUCCAGCCUUCUUCAGUGGGCUACGGGUGCUAAAGAAAGGAACUACCACUGAGGGAGGUGAGAUAAUCACUGAAAUUAAACCAAAGGACAGUGACCUGGCUUUGCUUAAACUAACACAGCCAGUCCAAAAAUCUCGAGCCCAACCAGGGACACUCUCUAGGAAAAGUGGGGAGAAAACACCAGACCUGAAAGCCACUCCCACUCUCUUGGAGCAGAUCUCCCAGCUGCUAAACAUUGAUAUGCCCAAAACCGAACAGAAAGGAGAAGUUUGUGAGCAAUUUAAGGAAGAAGAAGUGGGUCCUGAUAUUAACCAUGAGAGUCAGUACAAGACUGAGGAAAUCCCAUUUCAGAAUGAAGAAGUUAAACCUAAGCCCCCUGAAACUGCCCUGGAGGCCUUUAAAGCCUUGUUCAUGCGGCCCCCCAAAAAAGGAUCUACAGCUGACACUUCUGAAUUAGAGGCCAUCAAGAAGAAGAUGAGGUAUGAGAAGGAGUCGCUAAGAGCUGUGUUUGAGAGGUCCAAGUCCAGGCCAGGCGACUGUUCAUCUGAUUCCAGAAGCGCUGACCAGAGUCCCACUGAGCAGGAUGACAGAACUCCUGGACGACUCCAGGCUGUGUGGCCACCUCCAAAAACAAAAGACGAAGAAGAAAAAGUGGGAUUGAAGUACACAGAAGCAGCACUCCUAAUUCUUUACAAGGAGGGACUACCAGAGUACCAAGCUGCAAUUUUACACUUGAAGCGGGAACACAAAGAAGAAAUUGAAAACCUUCAGGCCCAGUUUGAACUGAGAGUCUUUCAUAUUAGGGGAGAGCACGCUGUAAUAACGGCAAGACUAGAAGAAACCAUUGAAAAUCUCAAGUGUGAGUUAGAACACCGGUUGAGUGGAGGAUGUGAAAAGACAAGAGAUGCUUGCAUUUCUACAGAAGAUGAUUAUCCACCAAAGACCUUCCGAAAUGUCUACAUACAGACUGAUAGAGAGACAUUUUUAAAACCCAGUGAAGAUGAAAGCAAAACUAUUAAAAGUAACCAAAUCGUACCCAAAAAACUGAAUAUCUCCUCUCUAAAUCACAUAUCUCCUCCAAAUGACAACAAAGAUAUCUCUUCAAGCCUCCAGUCUUCAGAAAAUAGCUCAUCUGGUCAACAAAAAUUAUCUCCCCCUCCUGCUCCUCCACUGCCAACAGUGAUCCCUCCACCUCCUCCCCUUCCACCAGGACUUGGGCCUCCACUAUUGUCAUUGCAAUCAAGUAUUGGACCUCUAUCACUUCCUCCUCCACCACCACCCCCUCCUCCUCCUCCAUUACCUCUAAGUGCUGGGAGUCCCCUUCCCCCUCCUCCUCCACCCCUUCCUGUUCCACCAGCUCUUCCCUGCACUGGGUUACCACCCCCACCUCCUCCUGCGCCUCCAGGAAUCGGACCACCACCACCUCCUCCUCCCUUCUUUGGAGGCAACACAUCCUUCAGUCAGAUUCCUCGAAAGCCUGCCAUUGAACCCAGCUGUCCCAUGAAGCCUCUGUACUGGACAAGGAUACAAAUAAGCGGUGGAAGCCAUAGUACUACUCCAACUCUAUGGGAUUCUUUAGAAGAACCUGAUAUACAAGACCCCAGUGAAUUUGAGUAUUUAUUCUCCAAGGAUACCAUUCAACAAAAGAAAAAGCCUUUGUCAGAAUCCUAUGAGAAGAAAACCAAAGUCAAAAAGAUCAUCAAGCUGCUGGAUGGAAAAAGAUCUCAGACUGUGGGAAUUUUGAUAUCUAGCUUGCAUUUAGAAAUGAAAGAUAUCCAACAGGCAAUUUUCAAUGUGGAUGAUUCUGUGGUAGAUUUGGAAACAUUGGAGGCCCUUUAUGAAAAUAGAGCCCAGAAGGAUGAGCUGAUAAAAAUAAGGAAACAUUAUGAAACCUCCAAAGAAGAGGAACUUAAACUACUGGACAAACCUGAGCAAUUCUUAUAUGAAUUAUCCCAGAUUCCAAAUUUUGCUGAACGUGCCCAGUGCAUAAUCUUCAGAUCUGUCUUUUCUGAAGGCAUUACCUCUGUUCAUCGAAAGGUGGAGAUCAUUACAAGGGCUUCAAAGGGCUUGCUAGAUAUGAAGAGCGUAAAGGAUAUUUUAGCCUUAAUUCUGGCUUUUGGAAACUAUAUGAAUGGAGGAAACAGGACUCGGGGUCAGGCAGAUGGAUACAGCUUGGAAAUUCUGCCCAAACUCAAGGAUGUCAAAAGUCGGGAUAAUGGGAUUAACCUAGUAGACUACGUUGUGAAAUAUUAUCUGCGCCAUUAUGACUUGGAGGCAGGAACAGAGAAGAGUACUUUUCCUCUCCCUGAACCACAGGAUUUUUUUCUGGCUGCCCAAGUCAAAUUUGAAGACCUCAUUAAAGAUUUGAGAAAGCUGAAAAGGCAACUGGAAGCAAGUGAGAAGCAGAUGGUGGUUGUGUGCAAGGAGUCCCCAAAAGAGCAUCUCCAGCCUUUUAAGGAUAAGUUAGAGGUGUUCUUCCAGAAAGCAAAAGGAGAGCAUAAAAUGGAAGAAAUCCACUUGGAGAAUGCUCAGAAAAGUUUUGAAACAACGGUAGGCUAUUUUGGGAUGAAGCCAAAGUCCGGUGAGAAGGAGAUCACACCCAACUAUGUGUUUAUGGUGUGGUAUGAAUUUUGCAGUGACUUCAAGACCAUUUGGAAACGAGAGAGUAAAAAUAUUUCUAAAGAAAGGCUGAAAAUGGCCCAGGAAACAGUCAACAAGUUAACAGCAGAGAAGAAGGUGGAAACAAAGAAAAUCAAUCCUACUGCCAGUCUGAAAGAAAGACUGCGUCAGAAGGAAGCCAGUGUGACCACCAACUGAAAAGAGACAUGUGAAAAUGAUGAUAGUGGGACUUGAUACCUAACAUGAUGCUUUAUAGUUUGACUGGUGCCCCGGAGAGCCUUUGGUAGAAGACUUGGUUACCAAACAUUUGCUUUGUUCUUCUUUUCCUGUGAUUACCCAAGGAAAGCUCUCCAGAUCUUUGCAAAGGAAAACCCUCUAGAAGCCAGAGGAACAAUGAGAAGCUGUUUACAGGAACAUUAGAAUUCUGGUAACUACUCUUUGGGGGAAUCCCAAGGUAUCCCCUCUCCUCAGUGACUAACAGAUGCACCGUGUCUAUUCAAGGCUUGUUCACCAGAGCUUGAUGUACUUGUUGUAAGAGAUAAAAGAGGGAGCUGUUAUCAACACACCUCCCCUAUAGGAUCCUUUCCAAGCCUUGGUCUACACUCCCUGCCACUUUGAUGGUUGGCCCUACUUUAAUCAUGUUGGAAAGAAUAUGCAUUCUUCUCAGAAGAGUUGAAGAUUUCUAUACAUAAAUAUGCUCUGUAUUUUAUUAUUUUACUCCAACUAUUUUUAGAGACCUAAGACUCUGUAAAUAUCCCAGGUUACAAGGUUGUUUUGCACACCAGUUGGGAGGGGAAGAAGUAGCCAUAAACUCCAUUCUCCUAGGAGAAUGAUUAAUGACUCCAGGUAGUUGGCCUACACUGAGUUAAUUUCUUUGUUUAAUGUGUUGACUGUUUGGUGUUCUUCCCUCUGGUUUUAGGUAUGCAGCAAUCCUGCAUACUCAACUCCCAGAAGACAAAUAAUAAUAAUAACCAGAAUGGCCUGAGGAUCAGAUUCACUGCUUGUCCAGAAGAAAAAAAGUAGCAAGUACACUUUACAUUUCAGGCUGGCAUUUGUUUGUUGAUGUCACAGAACACUUUAACACCCAGUGGAAUGGUCCCCAGGCAAGACUUUGCUGCCAAAACAGCUUAGUUAGGGAAUCCCUGGCGAUUCCUGGGUUCCUUCUUACUUCUGCAUCAAAAGAGAUCAGGAAUCACAUAUGAAAACUUCUUCACUAGCAAGUGAUGUUUGUGACAGAUAAAGGUCUUCAGUGUAGAAAUAAAUGAACACAGAAGGAAAGAUCUUCACAUCCAAAAGAAAAAAAAUGGAUAAACCUCAAGUAGGCUACUCUUGAACAAGUAGUUUUGUUUUGUUUUAUGAACCUGAGAAACUAGCUAGUAGGACAUAAGCCAUGAUGAUAAAAUUGUGAGCCCAGGGAAAACUCAUCUUGGACCCUUCCCCUGAUCUGGCUCCCCUUACUACCCUUGUUUGCCUUUUGUUUCUCAGGUAGAAAGCAUAAGACAGAAUAAAGUAAGGAGAAGUUUUAAGUGAUGGUUUCUGGGAAGGCAGUAGAGCUUCCUUUGCUGUUCAGUGGAGGGACCAUCUAAAAGAAAGAAAAACCCCGAGAGUGCCUUUUCCAUCCCUACUGCCUCUGAUACCAUCAUUUUUCUUCUUUUCAGACCCCUAGAUCAUUCCCUACCAACCUGCCAGUCAGUUGCCCUUUCAGAAACUGCUACAAAUAGAAACAUCUAAUAAAAAUAUCACCUCAUUCUUAAUACAGUUUCUGUCUCUUAAGAAAUUUUUAAAAAUGCAUCCUCAAAGCAUAAGAACCAUAUUCACACAGGUGCUAAUUGUUUUCUUUACGCUGCCAAAAAAAGAGGGGACAGGGGGAAUGAUUAGUUUUUUGUACUUCCCAAAAUAAAGUGCUAGGACAAUCAAGGUGGAAAGUCUAAGCAGAAUAUGAAGGACUCAUUUGACUUCCUAUUUAAAGAGGCUUCUAUCACUGGAUUCUUAUGUUUCCUAUUCUGUCUCAGAUGUGUGAUAACUCUGGGAAUUUAUCAUUGAAUAAAUUUGAAAAUAACAAUCCAUUUAAAACAAAGCCCAUACUGUCAAGAGUUCUUCCUGGUAGUUACUGAGUGUCCAUUUUCUCCAAGGAAAGAAGCUUAGCACCACUCAACCUAGAUGAGGAUAAAUUUUAACUUGAUGAGAAAGGAUUGCAGAAGGGAAAUCACUACACAACUGGACUCAGUCCACUAUCACUGGAAGGAUGCCCCAGACUAAGAAGUAGGAUGUUGAAAAGAACAAAUCCUUUAAGGUAAUUAGGAUUGUUGUAUCUCCCUAGAAUGCAUAUUACCUCAAACAGCUGAAGACUAGAAAAGUCUUCAACAAGUGAGUAGUUGAACAGAGUAACUCUGAGUAAGUUAGGCAAAUGCAGUUCAAGUUAUUGGAAGUCUUACCUUGGUCUUGGUUGAAGCAAUAGAAAUUGGUAGUUUAAAAAAAAAAACACCACCAAAAAAACACUUACUGAAUGAGUGGGAAGCUUUUGCCUUCUUUCUGCUGCCAAAUGUUCACAUUAAUGCUACAUAUUGCUGUUGUACCAUCUCUAUUACUUUUCCUGAGUUUGGCAAUGCAUUCACCCAAGGCCUCAGGUUAAAAAGACUCCUAACUAUUCCUCCCAAGGAGCAUAGAUUGAAUGCCUACUUCAUAAUCAGUCUCAAAUGUCAGCUGCUAAUUAAUGCAAAAGACUUAGAACAAGUCUUGCUGAUGAAACCCUUCUAAAUGACCAUAUCACAAUACAACCAAGACUGGAGGAGGUAGUAAGAUUUCUGAGAUUUGUGGCAUAGAGCUACUUCUGAUUUGCCUGAAGCCCAGAGCAGCAGAUGGCUUUAUGAUCAAAGAAGUGGAAAUACAGGCUCUUGUGACCGCUGAGUGUAGUAGCAUCUAAAAUAUGUUUGCGUGUGUGUAUGUAUGACAACCCCAACAUGAAGAAGAACAAGGGGAAACUCAUCUGGAACACUGGAUAUUUCCAAAGAGGAGGAGGCUAUCAUAGCUGUUGGAUUCCCUACCUAUCCUUCAGUGGAAGAACAUAGUUCUAAGAGAAGUUGCUAAAAGCAGUAUAGCUUCCUAUCCCUCCAAAAAAAUCCCGAAUGCUACAGCUCCAUUUAGAAUUGGCAAAGAACUGGGUUCAUGGUAUUUAACUGUCCCUUACUCCAGUACAAAAGGCAAAAAGACAGUAAUUUCCACCGUUAGAUUUACCACAUCUAGCAUCCAGCAACUAGAUCAAAGGAUCAAAUGUGAUCAUCCACUUAGGUACCCAUAAAAUAACAGCUGCUGAGCAUGACCCACUGCUUGCUUACACAAGGAGCAUGCUAAUGUCUUCCUAGCCAAUUUCUUGGUGCCAUAAAUCCUGAGGCUGCAUGUUUUCUGAAGGGCAGAUUCUUACCAAAAAAAAAGAUUGCAAUCAGCAUUGAUGGCUCAGCAUUGUGAUGCUUACAUGUUCUGCUUAUCUAAGUACAAUGACAAAAUGAUAGCAGGUCAUAUUACAAAAAAUAUUAGAAUGUGAGUUCUCUCUCACAUACAGACUCCUGAUCCAAGUUGAAAAGGAAGGAAGAAGAGCAAAAUGUGGGUAAAUAAGAAUGGAAAUAUGAGUAAUAUAUGGCAUUUCACAGUCUAGCAUUUCAGUAUCGUAUGAUGAAGCAUGGGAAGAAAAUAGUCAAUCAUGACAGUCAUCCUGUGGAAAAAAGAAGGUUCUUUUUAAGCAAUUGAGCCCAUUUAUAGGAAAUGCCUUCAGAGACCCAUAGCAACUUGCUAAGGCACCCAAGACAAGGGGGAAAGCAGGUAAAAUCUGGAGAAUAACAGAGGAAAACCCUCUGGUGCUAUUAUAUUUUAUAUUUUUCCAACUGAAAUGGAUUCUAACGUUCUGAGAUCAUCACAGUGUCUAGAAUUGGAUUAGGUGGUUUUUAAGACCAUUUCUAGAUUUUGUGGUCUCUGUGGAGUCCCCUCAGUGAGGUAACAACUUUUCCAUUAAAAUCUCAUAGCCUACUACUGAGAAAAAUAGGGAAAUGAAAUUAGGAGAAAAAUUUGAUACUUGGGGGCUAUGUUCGACUUUAAAACUUUCAUGAUAUUGAUCAAUUGAUCACUGUUAUUUUCCUAAGUUCUAAUUGUAGAUGAAAUUGGAGAGCUACAAGGGUACUUGAAUAAUGGGUUGCCUAUAAUUUAUAAAUCUCACCAUAGAUUUUGCAUCCUAUCCUUGGGUAAUUUUCAACUUAAUUUAAUUAUUGCUUCCCUAAAUGUUACCAUUUCUUCUUUUCUUCUUACUACUUUUUUCAACUUCAUGAUUUAUACGAUAAAAAUAUACAGCAGAGAAAAAAAUAAAAUCUUAGGUCAUACAAAGAUACCUGAAAUAAAGGAAACAGGACACCAAAGGAUUUGGCUGUUCUAUAGAAUUUAUGCCCACCAUCUACCCUUAAUCAUAGUAGUUGGUAGAAAGAAAAUUUCAGUUGUGAAAUACAUAAGAUCUCAUCUUGUAUAAGUCAUAAAUUUAAAUAGCUGUGAUUAUCUGAUGAUUCUAAGCAGAAUAGUUCCCAACCCUUAUUUGAACCAUCUAUAUAAGCAAAUAUGAACUGUUUAGAGUCUAGAUGCAAAAUGCUUAGGAUGGUGAAGCCAAUUCCUUUUGAAAAGUCUACAUAAAAGGCAAAGAUGCAAAACCCUAGGACUGGGAGUUUAAAAAUAAUUGAGUUUUAUACCUUGCUCUACUAUUAAUUUCUAUGUGAUAUUUGACAGAAUAACCUUCCCAGACUUUACUUUCUCCAUCAUUAAGAAAAAAGAGUCAGAAUAAUUAAAUGUUCUUGCUACUCUAAAAUACUGUAAUCCCAAAACAAAGAGUUAGAUCUUUUAAAAAUUGAUACCAUUCAUCACAUCACAGACAAUUCUCAAGAUCUAGCACUGAAUUUUGUAAGACUUCAGAUUUAAUCCAAAUGCAUCCUAAUAGACAGAAAAGUCAAAUGUAAGUCCAUAUUAUUGGACUAAUGUUGUCAAAAUUGAAAUUUGGCAUUGGCAAGAGCAUAAGAAAAGGGCAAUAUAUUUCUGAAGUCAUUUUAAGUUUAUGCAUGUAUUCCAAAUGCAGGGUGGAUUUCAUGAUCAUCCAAAUAGAGGAGUGUUUUUUUUUUUUUUUCUGUUCUCUUCUCUGUUAUGUUGGUUUGUGAUGAACCUUUUGUUUUCAUUUUCAGCAUUUCCAGGUUUUGCUCUACUUUAAAUGGAAUUUUAUCAACAUUUAGUGAUGAUGUAGCACUGAAUUUGAUACUAUUUUGUUAUGCAAAAAAACAUAUCAUAUGGUCAAUGAAGACACAUGGUAACAUUUAAGGUAAACAGAUUCCUUCAAGAUUAAACUAGAAUUUCUUCUUUAGGUAGUGGUUCCAUUUUGAUUUUUUAAAUUAGUCUACAUUCUAACUGGAGUGGCUUGUAAAAAUACAGACUAUGCAGAAGACUUGGACCACAUACACGUUAUAAAGUCCAGUGACCAUGCUUCAAACAUCAGUCAAUUGACCUUUAGAAACUUUGUUUUAGUAGGAGAAUGGGAUGAGGCAGUGAAUGUAAGAAACAGAACUGAACUAUUGAUUCCAUUCCCUUUACUUCUUUGUCAUAAUAAGAAACUUGCCCCUACCCUAUCCCACAGAGCCCCUAGGGUUGACAUGCAUGUGAAAUAAGUCCCAUAUGGUCAACCUGAUCUGGAGUUCAGCACACGUGGCCAGUUUGAGUCUUUUCAAAAUACAAAAGAACCAAAGUUGUUGUUGGAUAGAUUUCCACUUGCAAGCCACAUGGAGAAAUAAUUCCAUCUGCUUAGAAACUUCCUUCAGCAUUGGCCAAGAAUUGCACAUGAGAAAAAAGCACCUUCAAUAAUGGGAGCCAAUAAAUGUUUGAUCAUCCUUUUAUAUCUAUGUAACAUGGUAUUUGCAACUCCACUGGCAAUUGAUUCCAGGCAUAGUCAUUCUGAGUGACAGAGAACCAAGUUCUUCAUGUUAUUGGGCAAUGGCACAAAUUAUAUUUCUAUACAGACUGUCAGCUGUUGACACCUUGUUCGAGGCACUGAAUUCCUAUUUCACAAUUUUUAUUUCCCUCCCAAGAAGCAGUCAAAAUUUUACAUUCUCCUAGAUCAACGCCUUGUUGGAAAUUACCAAAUUUAAAACGUUCUUAGUGUGUCAGAUUUGAAGUCAAUUCAGUAGAUUUUUUUUUUGCAUAAGAUUCCUAAUCAACACUGAUUAUCAGAUUUAUCAAAGGACAUGUAGAGUGUUCAAGUUUUUAUGAAAAUGAAGCAUUAGAAAUGCAAGUGAGAUCAAACCAACCAGAAAUGUUUCAUGCUCAUUCAAACCAGGUAGAGAGCUUUCUUUUUCCAAGAGUUGUUCAGGACUAGUGGAAAAGAUAGUGAAAAUAUCCCAUACUUCACUUCUUCUCCAAGACCUAACCUCGGUUGUUAUCUUAGUCCUCUUCUCAAGCUGUGUGUCCUUGUCCUUCCAUUAACAGACUCUUGAACCUAUAGCAAAUAACUGGCUUGAUUGACUUUUUGAUGACCUACCUCAAAGAUUUUUUUUCUCCUAUUAUUACCUAGAAUAUAUUCUCAGAGAAUUUACUCUGGUGUUUUAUAGUCUACUAAAAUCCUUAGUAUAAACUAACAGGAUUGAAUUACACAUUUUAUCCUAGAAGCAUUUGUUAAUAAAUAUUUUCUGUAUUCAGUGUGCUGGGAAGAUAGCAGAAUUGAUUUCAAUUCUUAGACAAAGUGAUAGAUGAAUCUGCCCAUUUAUCUUGCCACACUACCUUCUCAUAAAAUUUCCUAUUUCCUAUCUUCUCCAAAAUGCUAAGAAUGCUUGUGUCUGUCCUUUGAUCUUAGCCUGAUCAAAAUAUUUCCGUAGGCUAUUUUUUUAUGCAUCGUGUGAAACUUGAUACAAGUGUGCUAGCAAAAUGUCAGUGAAUCUACAAUUUCUGGCUAGCUUGCCCCCAAGGAUUUUGGCAGCCUUUAAUGUAAGACUAACAUAUUCCUCUGCAUCUGGGCCAUAACCUAUGCUGAGAAAUAAUAUAAUCCUACCUGUGUAAAAUUUCGGGGACUGUCACCCUGAAGAAAGGAAAUAGCUAAAUAUAGAUUAAGUAUUUUUUCAAGUUUGGAGCAUGCAUUGCCAAUACAUUAUUGUAUACUUAGCAUAUCAAGCAAGGGAUCACGAAAACAUUUUCAGGAAUGUAUGAAUAGUGGUUUGUCAACAGCCCUGGCAAAGUUCAACAUACUUUCCUCUGCUGUCACUGAGAUUUUUCUUCUAUUAACAUCUCGUGGACUAAAAUCACUUUUAUCCAUUCAACUUCUGCUUUCAUUUUCUAGACUUAACUUUCCAAAAGAAAAAAGUGGUUCCUACAAAUAAUUGGGCAUUAGGGAACCUUUUAAAGUAGAUCUUCAUAUAUAAGCCUCUAGAAAGACAUUGGUUAGAUAUAUAUAGUGUCUUUUUCCAUUUUGAUCUUCAUUAAGAGAUAUACAGUGAAGAUGAAUAAGAGUUUUCUUGGUACCUUCCUCUUUCCAAUGAGAGACUAAAAGUUCUAUAUAUGUUAGACUGGUUUGGGGAAAACAUGAAUAGUUCAGGUUUUAGCCUUUAUUUCUGACAUAUGUGGAGUUACUACCUUAUUUUUUUUUCCUUUUCAAAACAUGACCACUUCCACAUUAUGAUGUGCCUAAAUCAAAAGUUUCCAUUUAUCCUUUCUGUAACACUAUUUGAUAGAUAUUUUUCUUGAAUAUUCAAUGUAUCCUAAGUUUGGUUUUAUGUAUAUACACACACAUAUAUAUUAUAUAAAUGUCAUUGCAUCAUUAUAUUAUUAUUCUCUGUCAGCAAUUUCUCAAGGCAUAAACAAUGUGAUCCUCAUAGAGCAACUAACUUCAUUUUAAAAUUAUGAUAAAUAUUUGGUAAAAGACAUGUUUCUCUAAACCAUUCUGAAAUAUGCUUACAAUAAGGGGAAGAAUGGUUUUUUAGUUAGAUUUUUUUCCAGAAUUUUUCUAAGAAAAAAGUGACAACUUAAGUUCAAUUUCUCCCCCCCCACCCCUUUUUUGACUUGGAUUCCAUUAUGAAUACCAAGUCAGCAAUGGGGAUCAGGGUAUCUCCAAAUUAAUCCAGAGUGACCUAUGCCUUUGCCAGGAAAAUAAGCACUGGCUUACAUGGCCAGCACCUAAAUGAAAUCAGGCACAGGUUCUAAUAGAAAUCAGAAAGUAGACCUGAAAAGACAUACUAAAAUUGGCCUCUCAUAUCUUGGUCUAUGUUUAAUUUUCAUGGAAUCCUUUGUCUGGGGAAUCAAUUGUAUUUGUUCUAACCAGAUGCUUGUGUUUUCUUAGCUGUGAAGAACUGGGAGGUGGUGGAUGGUAAAAAGGAUGGGAAGAGAUAGGAGGGAAAGCAUAUGGAAAGUUGGGUAGAGCAAACACAGAUUUUUAAGACCAAUAAGCUUUUAGUAGCCCAAUGCUUUUUGUAUAAUCUCUGCAAAGAGUGAGAUCUCUGCAGUGAGAUGUAAUAUGUAAGCUUCUCUGUGAAAGUUCAGUAAGUUUUUGAUGGGAGUCAGAGUGCCCUGAAUACUCUAUUGUCCUCUACAUUGAUCACUUCUGGAAAUGUGCUAAAAUGGCCAAAAUGAAAUUGGUCUAUAUUUAAUUUGAUGAGUCAGUUAAAGGUACAUGUUUACUGGUCCACUUCCAGUUUUUCUGAUCAUAUCACAUUGAAUUGCCAAGAUUUCUUUGGUCAUUGGCAUUUGUUCCAUUUGCUUCCUUUUCUUGCUUUCCAAUCAUCACCCUUUCCUUAGUACUCCACUUCUUUCUAGGCCUCAGCUCUUUGCAUUCUUCUUCUCAUAAAUAACUUUCUACUUCAAUCUCUGCUUUAUUCCCUCACACCCAGCACUUUAAUUCCCAUUCCUUCUCUUUGGUAACACUUUUCAUUCCAGAGGGUGCCCACAUGCUAGCCAGUUCUACAUUGUUAUAUCUCUUUAUAGGGUUAUUGUUGCCUCAAAGCUUCUGAAAACCUGCUUAGACUUUAAGCAUGCCUUCAAGCACACACAAAAUCAAGAAAAUAAAGUGGGGGAAGAAUUUUAUUGGUCUCACUUAAUUUCUUUUUUAUCUGGAUUUAAAAAUAAACAGAUUUUCCUUAUAUUAAUGGAAGGUGAAUAUAUUCUAUCCUUACAUAGCUUUUCAUUUGAGUUAAACAUGAAUCCUAGUAGAAAUUAAGGCCCAGUUUGGGUAAGAGGAAGAUCACUUUGAAAAAUCAAACAUAUGAUCUUAAAUAAUUAAAAACUUAAUAAGCUAAUUGGAUUCAGGUACAUUUCUUUUAAAAUGUAAAAUAUAUAUGUAUUUCUAAUCUAUAUUUGCACAUAUAAUUUUGUAAAAGCUAAGAAAUGCUUGAGUUGGAUUUGUAAACAUCCUUUGCAACCAAAUGAAGUAUUUAUUUUUAAAAAGAAAGGGUGAAGGAAUCAUUGUUGGUUUGUAUAUAAUAAAAAUAUAGAUAUAUAUUUUCUCCUUGACACUGCUAUUCACCAUAUUAAGUGUAUUUUUGUAUGUAAAAUAUAUUGGUUAGAUAGUAUAGAUUGUCUACUCAAAAAAUUCUAUCUCCAAUGUAACUAUUAUUUAUCUUGUUAUUCGUACUAUUAAUGUUUUAGCCUCUUUCAAUUUGUUUUGAGAUAGAACAUAUUUUUUUUUUUUUUGAAUUUGCAAAGAACUACAUUUAUGGCUUAGAGUUGUAAAUUUCCUAAGGUUAUUUUAAUAAAUGUUGUUUUCAUGUGUUCCAA